UGGUUGAUUCAAAGAAACAGAACGAAACUCCCGCCCUACCACAAUAAAGAAAAAACACACACACAAAAAUAUUGUUGGACCAGUAUUUAUGUUUAGAAUAGCUUCGGAGUUCUUUGGCGUCUAUGAUUUUACUUUUACGUAUGACUCGCGUCUCACUGUGACUCGAUGCUAAAUGUUUUGUGUGUUGGCAUUGGUUACUAAAAAAGUUCUCAUUGUGACGUUUUUAUUAUGUAUGAAGCAUGCAGCUUUCAAGUGAAUUCCAUCCAUCAAUCAUUCUUUAUCAACCUGCAAGGCGCACAGACAAAAAUUUUCAUGAGCAAAGAGUAACGGAUUUUCCCCACUACCGUGCCCUCAUACAUACAACUAGAAGAUGACGAGCAGGAGAUCAGCGCGAAUAUAUCGACGCGGUCUCCCCCAGUGUCUCCCUCCGCGUCCCCUGUAGAGGAGUCGGGGGACGAGAACUUCUCCGCGGAGCGUCCAUGCUUCAAAGAGCGGGCAGACACGAUCCUCAAGCUCACCCCGGUUGCCAAGGCUGUCAAGAGGCUUCGUCUGGACCAGGGAAAUGGACAGAACCUGCCACUGCAACCCACCAGGCCGAUCGGGGAGACUCUGUGCCACUGCCACCCUGCCCUGCCGUGGCUUCCCUGGGAAACUCUGGAUGCGGGUGGAGACCGACCUGAUGAAAUCAGAGCGGGAGCUGUCUGGAUCACUGAAGAGGAGGCUGACGGCGACUGAGGGGGCCCACCAGGGGGGCUUACGGCAGGGCCAAGGGCCCGGUAAUGGCCCUGGUCUGGGUCUGAACGGUACCUCCGACGGUUCUUCCAUGACCCAGGGGUGCGGGGGGCCCACCAAGCGACUCUGCCUGGAGGAUGUGACCCUCGCCAUGGGUACCAGCUUCCAGCAGAGCUCUUACUCUGGAGGACCCAGUCCUGGAGGUCCUGGAAGUCAGGGGUCACUUGAAGGUAACAGGCUGGGGAAUGGGAACAACGGGCUAGGGUCACCCUACUCUAUGCCCCCUAAGGCGAGUCCUGGGUCUGGGGGGCCUGGAAGCGUAGGUGGAGGAGGACAAUUUCACCCCAAUGGAAGCUCCUCGUCGGCCCCAUCGGUUGAGCAGGAGCUCCAGGAUAUUCUGGAUGAGUUGACCAAGAACCCAGAUCCUUCUCUGCAGGAGUUGGAUCUGGACAAGAUACUGGGGAAUAAAGAGGAGCAGAAUCAAGGAUCAGGGCCGAGGUACAUCCACCCACAUUCGCCCAAACGCUCCCCCCAGAGAACCACAUCUCACCUGGAGAGCCACCUCACCCACUCCCCAGGCUUUCCACAGGCAGGGUCUACCCAAGUAGGCCCGAGUCUGGCCGGAGCCCCGUACUCCAUCCCCCACCCCUCCAAACCCGUUCCCUCGCCUCUCUCGGCUUCACCACACCAUUCCUCUUCAUCCCAGAACCAAGCACGUUCUCCAAUGUUAUCCGCCGCCCUCUCCUCUCGACCCGGGUCUACUUGGCACGAGGUAUCGCGAGCUCAACAGCUCCAGCAAAUGGCGUCCAACUCCAACAAACACCUUUCCUCCAACACCCCUAUCCCCCAGAACCAGACCCAGAAUCAACCCCAGACCCAGGCCUCUAUGCCUCCUCUAUCCCAGCAAGGCUCACCCUGGGGCGGGCAGAAACUCCCCAACUCCUCCCCGCUCCACCAACAACCAUUCAGCCCGGCUGGAAGCAUUCAAAGCCCCCAGGGGUCAAUGUCAAUCUCCAUCCUGGCUCCAGCUCCGUCUGCAGGGCCUUCACCACCCUACCGCCCAGAUAAGCUAGGCAGUCCGGCUCUCGCCCAGCCGCCCUUUAGCCCACAGAGUACCCUUAUACCUUUAGGAAACACCAGCACAUCCAGCACUUCAUCCAACAUCCAGGGGUCACAAGCCAACUACAUGCCCAGUGGAGGUGCACCAACAUCAGGCGCCACAAGACCAUCUCCCCCCUACCGAACUGACAAGCCUCACCAAAGCCCGGCGCUCCAGUCCCAGCAUCAACCUCAACCCCAGAACCAACCCCUACCCCUACCCCAAACCCAACAACCACAUCCAUACAGCACCCAGAACGGGUCAGGACCCAACAACAACAUCUCGAGUCAGCUCUACAAAGCCAUGACGGCAGGUCAACCCAGCAGCCUCAAGCUACUCAUGCAACAACAACAACAACAACAUCAACAACAACAACAGCAACAUUCUAACACGCAACAGCUACAGACGAACGCCCAACUGGGCCAACACCCGUCCAUGUCCAAACCAUGUGGUGGUGGAGUCCCGCACCAGGAACCCUCAUAUUCCUUCACCAACACCAAGCCCCUCCGCCAUUUUGACCUGGACCCCCAGCAGAAGAUGGGAGGAGGGGGUGGACCCCCAAUGGGCCCUGGACAGGGUGGACCCCCCAACCCCAUGGCUGGUUACCGUGGAAUGCAGCAUGGUGGUGCAGCCGGAACGUCAGUAGCAGCGAACCAUGCCCAUCUAUUACAACAGAGGAUGCAGCAGAGAGCAGCAAUGCAGCAGGCCGCAGCAGGAAUCAUGGGGCCACAACACUGUAGAGAGGAGCAGACCCCAGGCAUGGUCUCUCGUCUCCAGGACCCCUCAGUCCCCCGUUCAGCCCAGACCACCACCAACUACAACAUGCUGCUGAAGAGCCAGCUCAUGAGGAAACACCUCCAACAGGAGCAGAAGAGGCAGAUGGAGCAGAUGAACGGACCACAGAUGGCUGAGUGUCAGCAAGGGCCACCGUUUACAGGUGGUGGUCGGCCUCUCCCCCCAGAUUGUGGUGGUGGCGGCGGAGGCUACCCCAUGGGCGGUCCCCAACUAUCCCACGGAGGUCCGCUACCUUCUGGGCCCAGCCGCCUCUCCCUUCCCCCUGGCCAUCCAGGCCACCCCGGACCCCCAGGAUCUCUCACCCAAGUGGGCCGCCCAAUAGGAGGCUUCAUGGGUGGGCCUCCAGGUUCCAAGCAGUCCCUCUACCACCCUCCACAGGUGGGUGAGUUUGUUGGUGCCGGUGGUAUGCCAAUGAGACAACCACAGUUACCGCACGGCAUGAUGGGAAUGGGCGGUCUGGCUGGUCCUCCAAGGCCAGGGAUGCAGCAGCAGGUGUCCAGGACAGGGAUGACAAUAGGGGGGUCGGGGCCCGGGUCGGGGUUACCACCUGGUCACCCCCAGCACCCACAGCAUCUACGCCAGGCUCUGCAUCAUGGUGGUGGAGGGGCGCCACUCCCACGAAUGAUGUUCACCGCCCAGCAAGCUCAUCAACAACAACAACAACAACAACAGACUGCAAUGUGGCCUCCGCAGCAACAGGGGGGGAUAGUGAACGCCCUGCAGCAGUGCAUGCCUUGCGGUGACUCCCACAUGGACCAGUCGGCCAAUCACCAGCAGCCGCGUGGGCAUGUUUUUCCUGGAGGGGGCGGGGCCUCAAACGGAAGUUGCAGUCAGAACCCUAACGCCCAGUUUACCCAGCAGGCAUUGCGGUCGGGGAUGCCCGGGGGCAGUGGCGGUGGGAACAAUUUCGCCCCCCACCAAGGACCUCCGUCGUUACCCUCCAACCAGGGGGUCGGGGUGCCUUCCUUACCUAGCAGACUGAUGCAGAAGCUGGGUGUCUCCGUGGCAGGGCAGCCCCUACCCUCCAUGGUCCACCAGGGGCUCCAGGCCGGUAUGCGACCCAGGGGACCCCUCUCUGCCCUGGCCGGGAUGAAGCCCGGUCCUCUUGGUAUGAUCCACCCAGGCCACGGCAUGGCCCCACCAAGCUACCCUGCCUCUGGGGCCGCCAUCGCAAAACACCCGCAUUCUCAUCCACACCAACAUCAACACCCCCAUGGGCCUGGAUAUGGACCAGGACAGGGGAACCCCGGACACAAGCUACCCCCAUAUGAAUACAGUCAGCAGGGGCAGAGCAAUGGGGGGAUGGGGGGUAGGCCGGGAGGAGGUGGAGGAGGAGGGGAGGUAGACUUUAUUGACACUCUGGUGGGGUCCAAUGAAGACUGGCUGAACAACCUGACUAUGAUAGACGAGUACCUGGAGCAGAACUCAUAGGAGGGGGGUCAAAGGUGAGAGAUUAUAGUUCAGGGGUUAGGGGUCAGUUUGUUGACCUCUCAGCUGUAUAGAAGUGAUGUGGUUCUGGGGUGUGACAGGGAAAGGGUUUAUUACAGGCUUAUGAAGGUUUAUAACAAGGUGUGUACCUUUCUAGAAGCUUCUACCUGAGUGGACGUUUUUGAAUGAAUGUGAUUGGUUGUGUCGGAGUGAUGCACUACAAAGCCAACCAAUUCCCAGCCGUCCAACCCAAACUUCAAACUCCCACUAUACCCAAAAUGGUUCCACUCCCCCACAAGUUCGCUGUCCGAUAUCAUCGGUUGCCAUUUUGGAAAGAGGGAAUGGCCCUAAACGGAACAUAGGGAACAUAUGGAUCCUCAUAAUGCUGGGAAACAGAAGCUGUGUCACGUCACAGGCGUAUUUAUCUGGUUUUAGUCGGUCCGCUGAGGGUGGCAGAGUAGUGGAGUCCAAACAUUUUCAUUGGCUGUUCCUGUGUCUGUUACUCGGACAGUGGACUUAAGGAAGUUAUUUGAAAUCCUCUCCCCUGUAGGGAUUUCUCCUAACAAAGGGGAUAGGUGUAUAAAACACACUGUGAUUGGAUGAAAUCAAUGUCCUCCAGCAUGCAAUUGGUCCAAUGUUUUUCAGUGCAAUGUUGUGCUCUGUACUAAAUUGAAUUUUGUUUCAAAGUAUUUUGGUGUGAUUUGGAAGCACAGCAAAAAAGAAAGAUUCCAGAUUAACCAAUCCAAUUAGCUCCUGCUCUCACAUAAUGUCUUUGAGCCAAUAGAAUAUGAAUAUACAGGGAAAGACAGCCGAUCCCUGAUCAGUUUGGGGUAAUAUCUAUCACUGAUUGGCCAAAGGAACUACAGAGAUGGUCUGCCAUUGUUUCCAUGGUAAAUUGUCAUCACUAUUUUGAUCGUGAACGGGGGAGUGUGGGGGCUUGUACAUAGUAAACUAUUUUGUAAAAUAUGUUUUUGGUAAACUGUAUCAUACACAAAAGAGAAGUACACAUAUUUAUACUUCUUUUCUGCAGCUUAAGUCUACAGAUUCCCUUUGUACAUAAAUUAUCCCAAAAUUAUAAACAAACACACAUAAAUGCUGCAAAAAAACAUUGAAAUUAUAGCUCACAAAAUAAAAUCUGUUUUACACUAGAAUAACCUUAUUGUAAUUUGUUUGAAAUAUGCAAGACAAUACAAUUAGUGUAGUUUUUUUUCCAGUAAUACUGUGUAUUACAAUGUUAUUACAUAUUUGUUAUGUUUUUGACAUAACUCAAGUCCUGGUACCCCGAUUGCCAAGGCUUCUUUUGAAAGUGGAUUUUGAACAUUCAAAAUACACACACCAUUGCAAGAUACUGUUCCACACACACACACACACACACCUACACACACACACACACACACACACACCCUCUCUCACUCUGGCAGUGCCCAUACCUGUGAGGUCAAAGUUCAUCAUCUUGGUCCUUCUACUGUACUGUAAUAUCUUUGUUCACAGGCAAUAUAUCCAUAGACUUAGACAUUGUCAACAUUGCAUAAUCCAAAACAACAAUAUAACCUGUUUGAUCUGUAUUACCAUAUCACAAGGUAAAGAACACAGCCUAAGUGGAAGCCACUAUCAUAGAAUCACCACACUCUAUAAAGAUGCAUUAGUCUAGAGUCGCCUCUUCUCCUUGUCUCCUUUCCUUCAUUCACACAGAUUUGAAAGAAACGGACAGGUGGCAAAUAGGCUUCCUCCAUACUGCUUUCACAUAUCCGAUGUCUAUCCUUUCAGAUUAAUGCUGAUAAAGGGGAGACUAGGAAAGGAAGCUUCUGUAAAUGAUUAGGAUGCACCCCCAUUACAGUUUCCCCUACCUUUUGGACCACACAGGCUGGUGGACAAUGACUUAUAAAGCCAUGAAAAGAGGUUCAAUCGACUAUCUGUGAUUUUUUUGAUUUUUUUUGUCUUGAUAUUUUUUGUUGUUGAUUUAAAAUAAUAAACUGUAUAAAUGGGAGAGAAA